UUUGAUACUUUAAAAUAGUUCAUCCAAGACCAUUUUUCUUCUUAUGUCUUAGACAAUGAGUUCAGCUUGGAAUCAAAAGGGUCCUAUAUUGGUUGAUACACAUUGGCAAAUAUAUUUUAGGACCAUCAAGCUCUUCUGAUCAUGCAUUCUCGAGAAAUAUCAGUUACACAGAAUCUAUGGUACUUAAAUUUGCACAAUUAAACAAUGAACCUGGGCAUGUAUACUCGGAAUUUAGUCAAUUGCCAUUUAAUGGUAAAAAACUCUUGUAGAUGGUUGAAGUUAUGAUACAUGAUAAAAUUGUCUUCAGGUAUGAUUAUGCAUGACUAGGGAUCUCGAUGGCUUCAGACCUCAAUCGUGCAAGCAGCCGAAUGACAGAAGCAGCCCCUGAAGUUUCAGGAUCGUUUCUGGCAUAUUCAGCUUUUGUUCUCCUUAUCUUCACCAUUUUUUAUAAUGCACUAUUUGCCACAGUAAUAAAGCCUUCCAUAGAUGGAGAAGAACCAGUUCCAGAUACAACCACCCUAAGAGAGGCCCCAGAAGCAUUCACAGAGCUGAGCCCACAACUACAAAAAUUUCUAGCUAAACCCCGAAACUUUUAGGUCCGGAAGCAUGUCCAAAUGCAAGCUUUUGUCGCAGGGGGAGUAUAAGUUCUGAAAAACAGUGAAAAAACCAGUUUUGCAUUUUAGAUAUGGUCUGUUCUUCCUCUAACCCAUCUCUUCCUGUUUGUCGUCUAUACUGUCUAAGACCACCCCGUCAUCUUCUAGUCCCUUGUCCAUUACAUUUACCUAUAUCGUAUUUUGAGUGACUAUUUUGACCAUGAAUCCUCUAACUAUAUGUAUGUGAUUGAGGUCUGCAUCUACAAAUGAGCUGUCUAGAGUAAUGAUAGUUGCACCAUUAUAGGGCAAACAGUCUUCAUCAAUAUGUUCUUUAUGUUCGACUUGUUUUGGCUAUUAAUUGUUGUUAUUGUUCUAGAAUUACUAAUAUACUUCUUUAAAUUCCUUGUUAGAAUCUUUCAUUCUACUCUCUGUUGAAG